AUGAAGUUCAACAGCGCCGUGAAUAUCGCAACUGUUGCUUGCCUUAGUGUUUCUCCCACCCUCGCCCUCGUAACCUCGUGCUUUGAUGCCCUCGACUCCAUUAGCAAAAUACCCGGCCACUUUAUCCUAAAUGUUCAGCUGAACGCCUGUCCGGCAGGUUGCGCACCCAACAUCGACCAGUGGAACAGCGAUGUGAAGGACGAGAUCCUCAACGAACUGUUGGAAGAUGGUAUCCAAUACACUGGCAUCAAUGAUGAGCCGGCACAAAAGGCAUUUGUUAAAUCAAUUGAUGACCUAUAUAACACGGUCGUCUCCAAGUGCCAGAAAGAGUCCGAUGGUCUGAACCUCUGCGACGAUGAAGACAAGGUACAACCAUUCUUGGAUUGCGUCAACAGCAACGCAAAAACGGCUGUUCUCAAAGGGGUGCCCCCAUUGCUUCCCUACAUCACGAAUGACAGGUGCCAGAAAGUCGAUGAAUACUUGAACAGUGAUCAGCUGUGGAAGGAUGACUUUCCGGAACACUUCAAGUCAUAUGUCGACAAGUGCCACGAUAUCUAA